CGUUACUCUCAUGAAGUAGGACCUCCUUCUCCUAACUGCUUUAUAAGGGCACAAAACUUGCUCCUGUUCAGAAUUUGAUCUAAAAGAACUUGCUUGUAUACUAUUUAUUAUUUAUUUUUCGUCCUUAUUAAGCUAUUUAUUUUCUAUUUAUUCCUCAUUUGUCUUCUUUCAAGAGUCCCUUUACCUUUUUUCCAAAUGUUUUUUUUUCCACACACACCUUUCUCUUGCCUGUCCUCUUUUCUCCUAAUCAUUCCACUUCCUUUCUCGCUGUCAUUUUAUCUCACUGACUCCAACCCACUUUUAUCCUUUAAUAAUCAAGUCAGAGAAGGGCAUCUCUACACAGGUAAUUAUAAUUAUUUUCAUUUUAGUAAUUUAAAAACAAUUUUGUGAAAAUAUGGGAAUUUUGACAAGACAAUUUUGAUCUUAAACACCUUAAAUACUUUAUCAUGCUGAUUUUGUUGUUCCCUCUCCCUUUCUUAUUUUUGCAGAAAACCACAGAAGAGGCAUGUAUCUGCAGAUGACCCUGGAUGGCAGAGUGUCAGGAAGUGAUGUCCAGACUCCUUACAGUGUGCUGCAGCUGAAAUCAGUCAAACCAGGCCAUAUAGUCAUCAAGGGAGAGUCAUCAUCCCGGUUUCUCUGUGUGGACAGUGGAGGCCGUUUGAGGGGGCAGAGACUGUACACAGAGGCUGACUGCACCUUCCGAGAGCUGCUGCUGGCAGACGGAUACACCCGUUUCCUCUCCUCGCACCAUGGAUUUCCUGUGUCUCUGGCAUCAAAAUAUUCCCCAGAUCGACUCGCGGUCCCCUUCACUCGAUUCCUACCACUUAGGAAUACUCUGAGCGGGGAGAGUGUGUCAGACCAACCACCAAACAAUCAGAGACAUUUCAACAUGGAGUCUGAUGAUCUUCUUGGAAUGGGCCUAAAUUCUAUGGUCAGUCCUCAGUUCUCAAUGGAGAAGUAAAGAAAAUGAACUCUCUGAUCGUUAACUGUAUAUGCACCUGAUUAGGGCAAUAUUAUUGUAACUUAUUUAUUUAUUGUGUAUUUAUUGUGUGUGGUGUAUUUCUAGUGGUGUAUUUAAAGACAUUUGACAACAGGUUCUGUGAUUUUAGUAGUUUUAGAGCAUGUUUGUGUCUGAGGAAGAAAUGUUCCAUGUUGCAACAUCUUGUUGAUAUGUUUUGGUAUGUGAGGCUUUUGGAGUUUCUCUGAAUCGGAAAUCUGGAAAGUCCAGUAAGCUCAUGUUUGUACUACUCAAGUGUUUAUCAGACUGUAGAGGACUUUGGAAUGAAAAUAAACAUGACAUAAAUUUCACUUUCGUUUCUUUUUGCCAUGCAAUGACCCAGCAGUUCAGUCAUACCAUUUAUAAAACCAGGAAGGAUGAGAGGAACUCAUUCUGACCAGUGAUCACAGCUUUCAUAGUGGAGUAAUGAAAUUGAUGCUGAUUAUUGUGAGGACAGGAGCGCUCUCUAGUGGACAAAUAAGUAAUGAUGGCAGACAGAUCAACUUCCCUAACCCUCUUUGCUUAUGGGCUGUAGUGAGCAUCUAAAUCUUAUGUCUAGGUUGGUCAAACCUACAACAAAAUGUUUCUGUUAUACAGUAUAUGUACAGUUUAGUGUGUAUGUAUUUGACCAGUGGUAUUUCCCUACA